AUGAGCUGCGACAUAUGUGCUCGCGUUCAAGCAUCGACCUUUCUCUGUCAAACAUGUGCGAGGAGUCGGCUUUACCAACUACGCACUGAUACCGCCAAGGUUCUUUUGGAAAGAGAAUACCUAGGCCAGCAAAUCGAUGCCGCCAUAAAUCCUAGUCUGAGUCAAGAAAAACUUUCAGGUGAAGACAGGAAACAUAAUGUGCAAGGGGAAAUCGGAACUACUAGGCUUUGGGCUCUUCAAAGUCUCAGCAAUCAACAAACUCAAUCUUUGACAAGAAUGAAGGCCCUUGCUUGUCAAAUUGAAGAUUUACAAUCUCGGAUUAAAGAUAAAAAAUUCGAGAUCUCUCAGCGCAAGAUAGGGUUAGCUCGUCGGCGAUCCGACUCUGAAUCCGCUCUAUAUCAACUUUCGGAGCGAGAGGCUGGGCUGUUAGGCGGCAUCCGAAAUAAUAUCAAAAGGACAGAUCAUAUUUGGCACUCUAAUCACACUAAAACAGCUGAGGCCCGAAUUUUCCUAUGCCGGGAAGCUGCUAGCCUCUACGGCUUAAGGCAGAAGGUCAGGAAAAGAGACAAUCGGCUGAAGGAAACAUAUAUAAUUGGGGGUGUAGGCAUUCUUGACCUAAGAGAAAUGAAUGGAAAGUUUCAUCCCCAGUUUUCUGCUAGCGCAAGUAUUAACACUCAAGCAGGCGCUUCGCCAGAUCAUAUUUCAACUUCUUUCUCUUAUAUAGCUCACAUCCUUGUCCUCGUUUCGAAUUACUUAUCGCUGAGGCUUCCCGCGGAGGUAACCCUUCCACAUAAAAAUUAUCCGACGCCAACUGUAUACACGCCAUCCGCGUCCUAUCUUCCAAGGGAGCCGCAUUCGGCAUCUUACCCAGACAAUUUUCGGUCGAGUCCGACAGCAUCCCGCACCGUUGACACACAUAUCUCUCUACCUCGGCCUCGGCCACUCUGUGUUGAGAAAUCACUUCCAAAGCUAGCCAAGGAUGAUCCUGGGGCCUAUGCUCUCUUCGUUGAAGGAACUACACUACUGGCGUGGAAUGUGUCUUGGCUAUGUAGAAGCCAAGGUCUUAAUCUAGGGUCCGACUCUUGGGAGGAAGUUUGCGAUAUCGGAAAAAACCUAUGGCAGCUCCUCGUCGCGCCCCCCGGGCAGUCGUCGACACUUGUAAGGGCCCUUACGGGUCGCGAUAUUCAGGCGAAACUCAAAUCCCCCAAAGAUUCCCCCAGAAUAACCAUUCAGCGAACGAAAUCAUUUCCCACGCUUGGCCAUUAUUCGCAUGGCACUGCGCACUCCUUCCUAGGCGCGUCUGAGGGUGUCGAAUUUAUCCGGAAUUGGAGACUACCUACCCCGACGAAAGUAGUUGAUAGGUUGAAAUCAACGCUUCUCGGCGAAAUGGCCAGUGCGGAGUGGGAAUUGCUGGAGGAAAAAGAAUGGGACGACAUACCUCAAGAAUCCACGCAGGCAGUUACUCACGCGCCUGUAGAUGACUCACAGCUGAAGCGUGAUUCUCGAACUAGCUUGGGAGAUGCAAUGCCCAUGGCGUCUAGGAUAGAUGCUUCCAGCACUCCCAUGAGCUCGCGGUCGAAGGGUAAUAGUGGUUGGACUAAGCUUCGAAAUAGAUAA